GCUGGAGCGCGCCCCCUGGAGGCAACACGUUUAACGACGUCGGUUAUUACGUGGGAGGGCAGAGGUCAAAUCAGUCAUGAAGAUUCCGCCACCGUAGCAGCUUCGCUCACUGUUGCACUUGUUUAUUUUUCUAAGGGUAACUUUCUGAAGCGGGACAGCAGCAACCUCCCUGAAACUGGAAGUAGCCAUGGCACGUCUCGUAGCGGUUUGCAGGGAAGGGGAAGAGGACUACCCAUUUCUCUCGCGACAGAUUCCACUAUAUAUUGAUGAUACUCUCACAAUGGUGAUGGAAUUUUCUGAUGGUGUCAUGGAUGUUGAUAACCAUGAAAUUAACCCUUAUCAUUGGAAACAAUUUGCAGAGUAUCACUUCAAACUAAAGCAGCAGGACUUGAACAGCACUCUAACAGUGACAUCCAGAGAUGUGUACAGUGCACUAUCUCAGUUGGUGCCAUGUGUGGGCUGCAGACGAAGUGUGGAGCGCCUCUUCUCGCACUUAGUGGAAUCGGGAAACCCAGCCCUCGAGCCUCUUACAGUGAAGCCCUCAGGCAUGCUCUCUGUCACCAAGGCCUGUUUAACAGAUGUAAAAAAGCUCUUCACCCUCCUCUAUGUUCAUGGGUCGAAGUUGAAUGACAUGAUUGAUGCUAUUCCAAAAAGUAAAAAGAACAAGCGGUGUCAGUUACACUCCUUAGACACACACAAACCUAAACCUUUGGGGGGAAGCUGGAUGGAUGUAUGGGAGCUGAUGUCUCAGGAGUGCAGGGAUGAGGUGAUCCUCAUUGACAGCGCCUGUCUGCUAGAGACACUGGAGACUUACUUGCGCAAACACAGGUUUUGUACUGACUGUAAGAACAAAGUGCUAAGGGCAUACAACAUCCUGGUGGGUGAGUUGGACUGCAGUAAAGAGAAAGGCUACUGUGCAGCACUGUAUGAGGGACUUUGCUGUUGUCCCCAUGAACGCCACAUCCAUGUGUGCUGUGAAACUGACUUCAUCGCCCACUUGCUUGGCCGGGCAGAGCCAGAGUUUGCAGGGGGCUAUGAACGCAGGGAGAGACAUGCCAAGACCAUUGACAUUGCACAAGAGGAAGUCCUGACGUGUCUGGGUAUUCAUCUGUACGAGCGGCUGCACAGGAUCUGGCAGAAACUACGAGCAGAGGAGCAGACCUGGCAGAUAUUGUUUCAUUUGGGAAUUGAUGCACUACGCAAAAGUUUUGAGAUGGCAGUGGAGAAGAUGCAGGGGAUCAGUCGGCUGGAGCAGUUUGUUGAAGAGCUGUCUGAAGAAGAGAGAGCGAAAGAACUAAAGCAAGAGAAAAAAAGGCAAAAGCGAAAAAAUCGACGCAAAAACAAAUGUGGCUUUGACAAUGAACAGGAGGCAGAGGACAAAGAAAAACAUCUGGAUGAGGGUUCCCUUGACUCCGCAGAUGGUAGUUGUAAGGCAUGUUGUAGCCAUGACGAGGAGGAGGGGACUGGUUGUGAGGAGAGUAUUAAUACCAAUGGAAGCCCUUCCUGUAGCUGUCCAGAUAACACUAAACAAGACUUGUCAACACACAGCAAUGGCAGCGAUUGUGGCUACUCUUCAAGUAUGGAGGGCAGUGAGACGGGGUCGCGGGAAGGCUCCGACAUUGCCUGCUACGAGGGAAUUUGUAAUCAUGAAGAAGCAGGAGACGACCCAAAUGCACAUCGCUGUGCUGAAGACAAGGAGGAAGAUGCAAUAGACAGUUGUUUAGAAUGCUGGCAACACUCGAAGGAAAACAGUCAAUGCAAGAGUAAAAAAAAGAAAACCGGCAAAGAUUUAUGCAACGAUCAGAGUGUGAAUGAUGAAGGCUGUAUGUCAAGCAGAAACUCAACAGGCCACAAUCCAUCAUUGCACACGUGCCGAACCAAAGAAAUGUUUUCCACAUUUUGGGGCGAUACCUUUGCCAAUAUUGCACUACGGUUACCAUGGGCAGUACAUCAAAAGGACAUCAGCCUCCAUGUGAGCCCCUCAGAGGCAAACAAAAGUCUUGUGGAGCUUCUGGAUGAUUCAGAGGUGACUUCAGAUGACGAAAGUUGUCUGACACAGGAUGAAAUCCAGGCAUUUCUAGAAAGAAACCAGUCAUUCUACAACAAUCGUCACCAGUAUCGACAGUUACUCAAAGAGAAAUUCACCAACUACUGCCGCGCCACUGAGCGAAGUAAGCCAGUCUGCAGAAAGUGGUUUGCCGCCACCACCAGUGUCAACUAACUGUACUGACAUCUCAUCUCCUGAGGAAAAACACUCGUGACCACUGCUGCAACGUGUUUAGAAAAAAAAAUCUGAAAUACAUUCGGUAUCUUGUUCUGUCAUUUCUCUUUUUAAAGCAGUAUGAUUCUCACUUUCUGUUGGUUGUCUUCUCUCUCGUUUGCACUUGUACACCAACACAUUUCUUCCACCUCGUUUCUCGCCCACUUUCUCACCUGUGAUUGUUCUUUGACCAAGCCUGGCUAUCUGUUGCUGGUCUUCUAUAGGGUUAUUGGGUAAGUGCACAGUGGAAUCAGUAAAUGAAGCUUUGCAAGCUGUGACAUUAGGGGUAAAAUUUAGGAGUCUUAUGUUCUUUUUUUUCUGUUUCUUAAAUUGUUAAUUUUGGUUUGUACUUGUUUCUCUGGUGAAAGUUCAGUGUAGUGGUAAAGGUUGUACCAUUAAAUGUGUACAGAAAUUUAAAAAGAUUUUACAAAGAAUAAACAUCCAUUUGUAUUUAGGAUUUGGGUGUGAUGUUAAGAGCGCAAUGUGCAAAAUUUACUAAAUAAAGAAUAUUUAUUAAUAUGCAUUACAAA